AUGUUAAAUAUUGAACAAGAAUCUUUGCUUUUUUACAAAGUCGAUUCUUCUACUUUGCAGACACAAAUAAUUGAUAGUUUAUGUUGGGUAUUAGUUAUUAUGGGACUUAUUGGAAAUUUAUUGGGACUUUUUAUAUUUUCUUCAUGUCGUCGAACUUGGCGAAUAUCAUCAAUCUAUGUUUAUUUAGCAACUGCUAGUUCAAUAACAAAUCUUUUAUGUGUUAUACGAUAUAGUUUAAUUCUACAUUCAAAAUUACGAAAUAUUCUAUAUGAAUAUGUUGGAGAAAAAUGGUGGGCUUGUAAAAUUUAUGAAUUUUCAUUUUCUUUUCGAAUUGUUUCAUCAUGGAUAACAUUAUUCUGGAUGUUUGAACGUUUAUUAUGUGUUUCAACAAGAUUACAAACAUUUUUCUAUCAAUGGAAUACAUUUACACUAAAGUUUAUUAUACCAAUUAGUAUCAUUAUUCUGAUUCUUGGUUGUAUUAUUGGACCUCCUCUUUAUAUGUUUGAACCACAUAUACUUGAUAAAGAAAGAAUAAUGAAUACAAAUACACACAUGAACAAGACAUACUGUGAUGUGAGUUCAAAAGCAUCUAUUAAAUGGAAAAAUUAUUUUCAUGAACUUCAUUUUGGUAUAAAUCAUUUUACCAUACGUUGUCUUUUCUCAGAAUUAAUUCCAACUGCAGCUGUUAUUCUAUUUAAUAGUUAUAUAAUUUAUCAUGUUGUUCGAACAUGGCAACACUUACGUAAAAUGGAUGGUCGUCAACGAAAUAAAAAACAAUUACGAACAACAUCAUGGUUAACUAAAAUUCUACUUCUUCAUUCAUUUCUCUUUCUUGUAUCACUUUUAUCACAUGUUGCUGGACAUAUUUUUGAUGUUCAAGCACAUGAAACAUGGUGGAGUUCAUUAUCAAUAUUAAUUAAUUCUUCAUUAAAUUUUUACAUCUAUUGUUUAUCGGGUAAAGCAUUUCGAAAUGAAAUUCGUCGAUUUAUUCAACAAAUUAAAAUAUGUUUUCUUCAUAUAUUACAUAUUCAGCAACGUCAACGACAACAGUAUCAUCAGAAUGAGAGUCUAACUGAUGAAAUGAACCAUUAUCAAGUCAUUAUUCAACUCAAAUCACGUCGUCUUGAUGAUUUAGAUGAGAAACUUUCUGCUUGA